AUGGAGACAGCGAAUCCAAUUUCCACAGAGGAGGAUAUUCCUCCCUCUUUGAUAGCGGACAAGUCCAAAAGUACAGUUGAAAAUGAGGCUAAUGAGAAAACUGAGAAAGCAAUGGAGGCUUUAGAAAACGAGAUUGACCAAGCUUAUGGAUUAGUCGAGUCUAAAUUUCAAGAGCUUUGGAAAGGCACUACCGACAAUGCACACUUGAUUCAGAAUAAGUAUCAUUUGGAUGAAUACAAGGAGAGUCUACUCAAGCAAUUGAAUACAAUGAAGAAGGGUAUUGAAGAGAAUAAGAAUCUUCAAAAUGUUACUGAUAAUUUAAGAGUGUUUGAAGCGCAUUUGAAAGAGUUGAAACUCGAAGAUCGUCUACACCUCAAGGAUAUAUCUCGGAGUGCAAAUAAUGCAUUGAACAUAAUUGACUCCAAGUUGGAAAAAGUUGAAAAUGAGGCAAGCAAAUAUAUCUCCUCCUUUACAUCUUUUCUUUCAAAUAUAGUUACCGUGACACCAGACGUGCAAGACGACAAUGGCCACGUGCAGGAAAGUGAAGUUCUAUUCAAUUCUAGCUUAAAUCAGUAUGCCAAUUAUGGAACGAGUCGCUAUGAUAACGACUUGUUUAAGCUUCACACAACGAAUACUUUUUACAUCAGCAAGGGCGACGAUGCUGAUGCCAAGGCUAAGGGUUUCAAUGCAGAUGAGAAAACCAGUGAGAUUGAAGCUUUAUUGAAAAAAUAUCCUGAUACCUUAACAAAGACGAUGAAUGAACUAGUCCCUGUGAAAGUGAGCUAUAAUACAUUUUGGUUUAGAUAUUUUCAGAAUGAGAGUAAGUUGAAGGAGUUGGAUAAGCAAAGAAAGGGGUUGCUAGAAAAGGAGAAGACCACUCCCAGUUUGAGAAAACAAGCAGCGGAAGAAAAAGGAAAAGAUGAUGAAGAAGAAGAAGAAGAAGAAGAAGAAGAAGAAGAGUUUGAUUGGGACAAUGACGAUGAUGAAGAAGAAGAAGAAGAAAAUUAUGAAAAACUUUCUACGAAGCGAUUGGUCAAUCCCGGGGAAGUAAAAGAGUCCGAUUCCAAGUCCAAGUCCAAGUCCAAGUCCAAAGAUACUGCCAAUGCCAAUGAAGUUGACGAGGACGAUGAUGAUGAUGACGAUGAUGACUGGGAAUGA